CUUUAAGGUUAAUUAGAUAUAGAUACUGCUUGAUUUGAUUCAAGGCCGAUGGAUUCGGAUGCGAAAGUUCUCUCGGAUCUUGAGACUCAGUUAGAUAAUAUAUUUAUGGUGCUAUCUUCGACGAGUUUGCAUGAUUCCGAUAUCUCAGAAUCACAACAUGGGCUAAAUGAUAAACAUAUGGCAUCGCUGCUAGACGCUUGCCGACAAAUGGACUCAUGGUUUAUUAAGAAGCGCCUCGCACUAUCAACAUACUGUCAGGAAUAUGCUCUGAAAGAGGAGAUUGAUGCCUUGAAUGCUGAGUGCAUAAGGAAAGAGAAGCUCGCUCAGGAAUUAAAAGGAAGAAUAGAGGACUACUCAAAGUCUAUUCAAGUUAUUAUAGAUCAGGUACACCCACCUUACUGUGGCUAAUUUCUUAGUUCUCCAAAGAUCUGCCAUAUUUUGCAUAAUGGACCUAAAUGUUGCUCUUUGAGUUGCUGUGCCCAUUUACUGAGAUGCUACUUUUUACUUGUAUAAUUUCAAUACAUAUAUUCAAAGU